CGCACGUGACCGGCUCCGAGGAGGGGGACAAGGAGGAGGCAAGAUGGCCGCCGCCUCUGGGUGCAGGUGAAGAGCCCUGGGAGCUGCCACCGCCCGCGGACCGGAGCCAACCGCCGCCGCCUCGGCAGAAUCUCCCGGGACCGGAGAGGCCGCUCGCGGGGGUCGGUCCAGCCGGCUCAGGGGUAUAUACUGUUAUAGAAGUACUUGAAGUAUUAUCUAAAAAUGGCAAGUCUCAUGACUCAGAGUCUUGUGACCUAUGUAGAAGAGGAAAAUGUUCCUGCUCUAAAAGCACUUCUUGAGAAGUGCAAAGAUGUGGAUGAAAGAAAUGAGAAUGGUCAGACUCCAUUGAUGUUGGCUGCUGAGCAAGGCAAUUUAGAAAUUGUCCAAGAAUUGCUCAAGAAAGGAGCUAACUGCAACCUGGAAGAUGCAGAUAACUGGACAGCUCUUAUUUCGGCAGCUAAAGAAGGUUAUGUAGACAUUGUAGCAGAGCUGCUUAACUGUAAUGUAAAUUUGGAGCACCGGGAUAUGGGAGGGUGGACAGCCCUAAUGUGGGCAUCAUAUAAAGGUUGCACUAAAGUAGCUGAGCUGCUUCUUCAGAAAGGAGCAAACCCAAACGUCACUGGGCAGCAAUAUAGCAUUUAUCCAAUCAUUUGGGCAGCAGGACGUGGCCAUUCAGAUAUCGUACAUCUCUUGCUGCAACAUGGAGCUAAAGUCAACUGCUCUGAUAAAUAUGGAACCACACCGUUGAUUUGGGCUGCUAGGAAGGGUCAUUUGGAAUGUGUGAAAUAUUUGCUGCAGAUGGGCGCUGAUGUUGAUCAAGAAGGGGCUAACUCUAUGACUGCCCUUAUUGUAGCAGUAAAAGGUGGUUACACUGACUCAGUAAAGGAAAUUCUGAAAAGGAACCCAAAUGUAAAUUUAACAGAUAAAGAUGGAAAUACAGCUUUGAUGAUUGCAUCAAAAGAAGGGCAUACUGAAAUUGUGCAGGAUCUACUUGAUGCAGGAACUUAUGUGAACAUUCCUGAUAGGAGUGGAGACACUGUGUUGAUAGGGGCUGUUAGAGGAGGUCAUGUUGAAAUUGUGAGGGCCCUGCUACAUAAAUAUGCUGACAUAGACAUUAGAGGUCAGGAUAGCAAAACUGCUUUAUAUUGGGCUGUUGAAAAAGGAAAUGCGACAAUGGUGAGGGAUAUCUUGCAAUGCAAUCCUGAUACUGAAAUGUGUACAAAGGAUGGAGAAACGCCUCUUAUAAAAGCAACCAAGAUGAGAAAUAUUGAUAUAGUAGAGCUUCUGCUGGAUAAAGGAGCUAAGGUUUCUGCUAUUGACAAGAAAGGAGAUACUCCACUUCAUAUUGCCAUUCGUGGACGAAGCCGUAAACUUGCAGAAUUGCUUUUAAGAAAUCCAAAAGAUGGCAGACUGCUUUAUAGACCCAACAAAGCAGGAGAGACACCUUAUAACAUUGACUGUAACCACCAAAAAAGUAUUUUAACUCAGAUAUUUGGUGCCAGGCAUUUGUCUCCUACUGAAACUGAUGGAGACAUGCUGGGCUAUGAUCUCUAUAGCAGUGCCUUGGCUGAUAUUCUCAGUGAGCCAACCAUGCAGCCACCUAUCUGUGUAGGGCUGUAUGCCCAAUGGGGAAGUGGGAAGUCUUUUUUGCUCAAAAAACUGGAAGAUGAAAUGAAAACUUUUGCAGGACAGCAGAUUGAACCUCUGUUCCAGUUCUCUUGGCUUAUUGUAUUCCUUACACUCUUGCUGUGUGGAGGGCUGGGUUUAUUGCUUGCUUUCACAGUGGACACAAUGCUCGGAAUAGCUGUGGCACUGAGCUUAUUAGCAGUUCUAUACAUAUGCUUUACUGUGAUUUACUUUGGUGGCCGAAGAGAAGGAGAAAGCUGGAACUGGGCCUGGGUAUUAAGUACAAGGUUGGCAAGACAUAUGGGGUACUUGGAGCUGCUUCUCAAACUGAUGUUUGUGAACCCACCAGAAUUACCAGAGCAAACCACUAAAGCUUUACCUGUCAGAUUUCUAUUUACUGAUUACAAUAGACUGUCCAGUGUAGGUGGUGAAACGUCAAUGGCUGAGAUGAUUGCUACCCUUUCUGAUGCAUGUGAAAGGGAGUUUGGUUUCUUAGCAACAAGACUUUUUCGAGUGUUCAAGACAGAAGAUACACAAGGUAAAAAGAAAUGGAAGAAAACCUGCUGUCUCCCAUCUUUUGUUAUCUUCCUUUUCAUACUUGGUUGCAUUAUUGCUGGGAUCACACUGCUGGUCAUCUUUAAUGUAGAUCCAAAGAACAUGACGGUGAAUGCUAUUCUGAUAUCAGUUGCAUGUGUUGUUGGUUUGGCGUUUAUCUUGAACUGUCGUACAUGGUGGCGAGUGUUGGACUCAGUCUUAAAUUCCCAGAGAAAACGUCUUCAUAAUGCUGCUUCCAAGCUCCACAAACUGAAAAGUGAAGGGUUCAUGAAGGUUCUGAAGUGUGAAGUGGAACUGAUGGCUAAAAUGGCAAAAACUAUUGAUAGCUUCACUCAGAAUCAGACAAGACUUGUCGUAAUUAUUGAUGGAUUGGAUGCUUGUGAACAAGACAAAGUUCUACAGAUGCUUGACACAGUACGAGUCCUGUUUUCAAAAGGCCCAUUUAUUGCCAUUUUUGCAAGUGACCCACAUAUUAUUAUAAAGGCAAUUAACCAGAACCUCAAUAGUGUGUUACGUGAUUCAAACAUAAAUGGACAUGAUUACAUGAGAAAUAUAGUCCAUUUGCCUGUUUUUCUUAAUAGUCGUGGGCUCAGUAGUGCAAAAAAGCUGAUGGUAGCUUCAACUACCAAUGGAGAUAUUCCAUAUACAGAUACUUCAGGAAUACAUGAAGAAGUUGACAGAAGAGUUUCUCAGAAUAGCCUUGGAGAGAUGACCAAACUUGGCAGCAAAACUGCUCUUAAUAGACGGGAUACUUACCGAAGGCGACAGAUGCAGCGGACUAUUACACGCCAGAUGUCUUUUGAUCUGACCAAGCUUCUGGUUACAGAGGACUGGUUCAGUGAUAUCAGUCCUCAGACCAUGAGAAGAUUACUCAAUAUUGUUUCUGUGACAGGACGUUUAUUGAGAGCUAAUCAGAUCACUUUCAAUUGGGAUAGACUGGCUAGCUGGAUCAACCUUACAGAGCAGUGGCCAUACAGGACAUCUUGGCUCAUAUUGCAUCUGGAAGAGACUGAAGGUGUUUCAGAUCAGCUUACUUUAAAAACCAUCUACGAGAGAAUUUCAAAGAAUAUUCCAACAACUAAAGAUGUUGAACCUCUGCUUGAAAUUGAUGGGGACAUACGGAAUUUUGAAGUAUUUUUAUCUUCACGGACACCAGUUCUUAUAGCACGUGAUGUAAAAACCUUUUUGCCGUGUACUGUAAACUUAGAUCCAAAGCUACGAGAAAUCAUUUCAGAUGUUCGUGCUGCAAGAGAUCAAAUGAAUAUUGGAGGAUUACCAUAUUCCACAAUGCCCUUACCUGAGGCACCAGCCAGAGCAUCAUCAGUGUUCAGUCAGCCUUCAUCAGUCUGCUCUUCAUCCACUUCCUUCAAUGGGCCUUUCAAUGGUGGAGUUGUAUCACCACAACCUCAUAGCAGCUACUACAGUGGCAUGACAGGACCUCAGCAUCCAUUCUAUAAUCGACCAUUCUUUGCCCCAUAUAUUUACAUGCCAGGGUAUUACCCUGGCAGUUCUCAUCACAUCUCACGUCCAUCACUAAAAACGGGUUUGUCCAGAGAUCAGAACAAUGGCCUACUGUGUAAAUCUGGGUUAAACAAACAGAAACAGGGAACAGGAACAGUCACAGGAUCAGCCACUGGAGGAUCACAUGUGCCUUUGAGCUCAAUGAAUGUGGAAGCCGUAUGUGAGAAGCUGAAACAGACAGAAGGGCUGGAUCAGAGUAUGCUACCUCAAUAUUCUGCAACUAUAAGAAAGGCAAACAUAAAUGGUCGUGUCUUGGCUCAAUGUAACAUCGAUGAACUGAAGCGAGAGAUGAACAUGAAUUUUGGUGACUGGCACUUGUUCAGAAGCACAGUACUCGAAAUGAGAAAUACAGAAAAUCAGGUUGUUCAUGAAGAUUCUCGUGCAGUGAGUGAACAUGUUACCAAUGUGAUUCCUCACAAUGAGCUUGCUCAUCGUCCUGUGCAUAAUAGUGAAUUGCCUCAUACUGAGCUUACAGGAAUUUCUGCUCAGGUUCCCUACGCUCUCAACUUCAGCUUUGAAGAACUGAACACAAUUGGUCUCGAUGAAGCUCCUCCACAUCACAGUAAUUUGAGCUGGCAGUCACAAACUCGCAGAACUCCAAGUCUUUCAAGUCUCAAUUCUCAAGAUUCUAGUGUAGAAAUCUCAAAGCUUACUGAUAAGGUGCAGGCAGAAUACAGAGAUGCAUAUAGAGAAUAUAUUGCUCAAAUGUCACAGCUAGAAGGAGGUGCAAGUUCUACCACUGUAAGUGGUAGAUCUUCCCCACAUAGCACAUCAGCUUUCUAUAUGGGGCAGAGCACAUCAGGGGGCUCCCUCCAUUCCAGUAUAGAACAAGAAAAAGGAAAGGAUGGUGAACAGAAACAAGAUGAUGGACGAAAGUCCUUUCUGAUGAAGAGGGGUGAUGUUGUAGAUUACAGUACUUCAGGUGUUUCCAUUAAUGAUGCAUCUCCUUUGGACCCUAUCACUGAAGAAGAUGAAAAAUCUGAUCAGUCUGGUUCCAAGCUUCUUCCAGGAAAGAAAUCUUCAGAAAGAACAAGCAUUUUCCAGGCAGCAGAUUUAAAACUAAAAGGAGUUACUUUGCGCUAUCAGAAACUGCCAAGUGAUGAAGAUGAAUCUGGAACAGAAGAAUCAGAUAACACUCCACUUCUCAAGGAAGGAAAGGAUAAGAAAAUGGAUGGGAAAGUGGACAAGCAACCAAAAUCCCCAGAACAUGGAUCUGAGCCUAUUAGAACCUUCAUCAAAGCAAAGGAGUACUUGACAGACGCCCUUUUAGACAAAAAGGAUUCCUCUGAUUCUGGUGUGAGGUCCAGUGAAAGUUCUCCAAACCACUCCCUCCACAAUGAUGGAGCGGAUGAUUCACAGCUUGAAAAAGCAAAUCUCAUUGAGCUUGAAGAUGACAGCCACAGUGGAAAGAGAGGAAUUCCACACAGUCUGAGUGGCCUUCAAGAUCCAGCUGUGGCACGCAUGUCAAUUUGCUCAGAAGACAAGAAAAGCCCUUCAGAGAGCAGCUUAAUAGCAAGCAGUCCUGAAGAGAACUGGCUUGCUUGCCAGAAAGUCUAUAAUCUAAACAGAACACCUAGUACAGUCACCCUAAAUAAUAACAGUGCUCCAGCCAAUCGAGCUAAUCAAAAUUUUGAAGAAAUUGAAGAUAUCAGAGAGUCUUCUCAAAUCAUCCUGCGCCCUGGCUCCAGCUCCAACUCAGCUGCAGUUCAGAAUGAGAACCUAAAAAGCGUGGCUCUCAAGCGAAGCCAGCGUUCAAGUUAUACCAGGCUUUCGAAAGAUUCUUCAGAGCUCCAUGGUGUUACAGCCUCGGACACUGCAGGUUUUGGAGAAGAGAGAGAGAGUAUUCUGUGAAAGGAACAAACAAAAUUAAAACAGAGCAUGUCUGUAUGUCAGAAUUUUCUUAAAAUCCCUGGUUUGUCAGUUCAUGAUCAUGCUAGACACUUUUUAUCUCUUUCAGUAACCUCCACUAACAAACCUGGUUUUUUUUCCAGGCAUUUUUUUUUUAAAGAAAAAAUAACCUACACUAUAAAAUAUUUCAUUACCCCUCCCCCUAAUUUAUACUGCUAGCAAAUAUUAUGCUCUUUUCCACAAAUGAAAGCAGUUCGUGUCUUUCUGCAUGGGAAUCAAAUUUCGUGCCAGAGAAUUUUGGAGGAAAAGAUGUUUUAGGAUUAAGUAGGUCAGGAGUAUUUCAUAUAAAAGUAAAACAUAGACAUUAAAUGUCUGCUGCAAUGCACAAACUCACAUUUUGUUAUCCCUUCUAAAAAUUCCAAUUAAACAGAUUACUUUUAGAAAAACAUUGUACCAUGUAUUCCCAUCUGAAUUUACAGAAGCCAGAAGACACGAUAUUAAAAUCCCUCAGGCCCUUGGUAACAUGAAAUUUCAUACUUUUCAUUAAUUAGUUGAUCUCUAAAAGUAUGUGCAACAUAUGAAAUAGAAUAUGUUGGUUAAGUAUUAAGGUACAUGAUUGGCUAACUGUACAUCUUUAUCACCUGUUCUGUAAUUGCUUUUGUUUCUGGCAAUUUUAUUUGUGCAUUGUGCUGAUUUGUAGAGGACAUUGUCUGGAUAUAGUGUUAGAAUUAACAGAUAUUUAGUAUGUAAUGUUCUCUCAUUGAUUUAGUGAGUGCUCUAUUUAUUGUUGGUAUGUAAUUUCACAAUCAUUGCACUAAAUAGUUGUAACUCCUGUUACAUCAAGACAGUGUUUGCAAGUAUUGUCUGAAUUUAUGAAGUAUUGUUCUGUAUGCCCUUUCACUAAUAUAUUGUUUUUCACCUGGUUAUAGAAAGGAAAAAGUAAUUAAUGUUUGCCAUUUUAAAAGUAACAUUAAAAAAUCAGUUCAGUGAUAAUAUAGUGUAUCAGCUUUCUUAUGUUAGAAGUAUUUAAUCGUUUGUUUGUCACUAAAUAAUGUAUCUGAAUGUCAUUGUAGCAAAUACUUUGUACUGUACGUGAAAUGUGCAUGAUUUUGGAAACUUGUUCAAUCAAAUGUACUCCAGUAGUAUAGAGGGAAUAAUAAAUAAAUUGGCAUAUUGCUUUUUUGUCUGA